CUUACAAUUAGGAUCCGGUCGGCAGUAAAUCGCAAUCUAAUUUUAUUUUCAACGUGCACUUGCAAAAAGCCUACAGGAUAGAGAUGUCCAAGUUGGGAGCCAUCUUGGUGCUGGCCCUGUGCCUCUUCGUUUCCGCGGCCCUGGCCGAGCCACGCCUCCAGGGGCGCGGGCAGGUGCGGGGGCGGGGCCAGUUGCAGGGUCAGAGGUCGCAGCACCCCUACCUCUUCCUCACCAUUCCCAAGGGUCGUGCCAAUGCCGGCGCCGUGGUCCAGGGCUUCGAGAUCGUCGAGGAGGAGGACGACCAGGACCAGGAUCAGGUCGACCAGCAGGACGAGGAUCAGCAGGACGAUGUGAACAACGACGACGACGACGACGAGGAGUUGGAGCAGCAGCUCGGCCUGAACUUCGCCCGCAGUGGCCUGGCCUACCGGAAGAGCCAGGAGGACGAGGAGCAGGACGACGACCAGGACGACGCCCAGCCAGCUCAGCUGGCCAAGAACCAGAUGAUGGUGCAGCGUGACCAGGCCGGAGCCAUCAUGGUGCCCGACGGCAUCAUCGAGAUCGAGGGCCAGAGCGUCCUGGACGGGAAGACCGGCAAGGCGGCCCUCCUCGUUCCCCGCGCCGCCCUGGACGCCAUUCCCGACGGCGCCGUGGUGGCCCUGAUGGAGCGCCACGCCCCUCCGAUCGCCGACGACGACGCCGUGGAGGAGGAGCGCGCCAAUCGCGUGGUGGUGCGCCGCCGCAAGAACAACGGCCGCCGCAACAUCCGUCGGCGCGGCAUCAGCGGCAGCAACAACAACAGCCGCCGUCGCCGCCGCCCCGCCCAGCGUCGCCGCCGAACGGGCGGCAACCGGAGGCGCAACGUCCGCGUCAUCCAGCCCCAGAACGGCGGCCAGAGGAGGCGUGGCAACCAGAGGCGCCGCGGUCAGGUCGUCCUCCAGGGUUGAGUGAUGCCCAUCCACGAACGCCCCUUCUACGUAGUAUUAUAGUUAAGAUCCACUGCCGAACAGGACACGAAUUAUGACACAA